AGGUCCCUUUUUUCUAACAUUUAUCCUACCUCAAUCCUCAACUCACCUUUACAAACUGUUAUGUCCAUCGUUGAACUUUAUGUACUCGAACAUAUGUGUAUGAACUUAUAUACCUCUUUAUUAGCUAGCAGACCCAGUGCGUCUUGUCGUACAUACAGGUUAUCAGUAACUAUUAUGAAGCUCAAAUCAAUAUACCCCCUGCCCUCCGGAGGUGCGAUGCUAUCAGGGUCUGAUGGCCUGCCAUUGCAAUGAUCACAUGGAGGACUCAGGACUGACGCCUUCAUUCGCGAUAUCUGCAGCUCUUGAAACUUGCGUUGUCACCAUUAUCUUUGUAUCAAUGGCUGAAGUCUCCAAUUCUGCUCUUUUUGUGAAAGAAACCCCCUCCGCUCCCGCUGGAAGUACCGCUGAGGUCAUUCAGUUGACUAACCUCUUUUACCAGAAGGAACAUGAUAUAUACCAGAGGCUUGGAGACCACCCUCGAAUCCUGCGGCAUCAUGGAUGGGAUGAGCGAGGACUUCUUUUUGACCGCCACCCAGCUGGGGACCUACUCCGCCAUCUACUUAUACAACGUGACCCUUCACCUUCUUUGGCCCUCCGCCUUAGAUGGGCAUGCGAUAUCGCUGAAGGGCUCGCAUAUAUUCACUCCAAAGGCGUGAUCUGGGUUGAUGUUAAUCUCCAUAACUCCCUACUCACGCGCGACCAAAGAGUGGUCCUGUGUGAUUUUGCUGGGUCAUGUAUGCUCAAUCUACCUGGCGAAGAAAGAUUACCCUUCGAAUAUAACCAAUCUCAAAUAUCGAUGGGACCGCUAAUGCACAUACCCUUGCUUCGCUUACCUCAUGCCAGGAUUUGGGAAGGUCCAGGAAGUCCUUAUCCACACCCGGAUUGGAAUUUCACCCCGCAUAUGGACCGGUUUGCGUUUGGAGUAGUUCUCUUCUGCCUGAUAACCUUUCAUUUUCCACAUUCUCCUUUCCUGGUAGUUGUAGACCCAGAAGAAGUCAAACGAAUCUAUCAACUACACCAGGAAGCAUGUUUUGACACGCUUGGGGAGGUGGCUGAAUAUAAAGACUUCGAGGCCAUUAUACAAAAAUGUUUUCAGGCCCGGUAUCAUUCGACGGAUGAUUUGCUUCAUGACCUCGAGGUAGCUGUGAGUGGCAUGCCUGCCAAUGCUCCGCUUCUACAAGAUGGGGUGAAAGAUCCUGUCGUUGUUGAGUUUGAUCAGAGAAGUUCUAAUCGACGCCUCUUCCCCUUCCCUCACGAAGAAGAUUUGGACUAUUAUGAUGCAGUGUAAGUGGAUAUAGACAUUGGUUGCAAUCAGGAAGCAUUCCGCUAGGAUUAUCAUCAUAUUGUAUGAUUGUCUUUGACGGUGAACGCAAGAUUAAUGUUCACCGUUAAACUGAACGAACUAU